UGUUAGGGACACGUAACAACACAGCAGAGGGAACAACUUACCAUGUUAACAACAGACGUUGAACUAACUUAUUAUUACUUCAACGCAGGUGGUCUACUACCCUUCAUGAAGCCUAAUGGCGUCCUGAGACAAGCGAAUACAAGAAGUGUGUGUGACAGGUGUGAGGCGGUUUAUUAUCGUGGGUCCCGGGGUAACCUUACCUGCAUUCUUAUUGGUCGUCUGUGUGUAAUUAAGGACAAGACUAUCGUAGAGACACUUGGGCUGUUCCGAGUGUGUGUUGUCACUCAAUGACUCGCUGAGGAAGACAGAACAGAAUCAAUUUCUCUCUACGUCUGAUUCAGCGCCGAGGCCCUCCAGUAAGAUACAAGAUUUAUAAGUGACACACACCUCCGAUUUUCCCUCUAAUUUAUUUGACAAAUAGGAAGACUUGAAGUUACAAAAUGUCUUUAGCAUCGCAAAGCUCGCCACUUCUCUCGAAGAUUGUGUCUUCGUCUGUGGUAUUUGCCAACCAUGCCGGGAAAAUCAUCCGUGACAUCAUGAAAAAGGGGGAACUGGGAAUUGUUCAAAAAGAGAGUGCACGUGAUUUGCAGACGGAGGCCGACAGGGCAGCUCAGCGGUGCAUCAUAGGCUCCCUCGCCAGAUGUUUCCCAAAGCUCACUAUCAUUGGAGAAGAAGGGGAGGAAGAUUUGCAGGAUCUCGGCCAACAAAGCUUUGAUCCUACUACAGAAGCUACUGAGCAAGUUCUCUGCCCUCCGCACUUAGCCUCCCUUUCAGAAGAAGAGAUUGUUGUGUGGGUUGAUCCCUUAGACGGAACUGCUGAGUACACACAAGGUCUUCUUGACCACGUGACGGUGCUGAUUGGCUUUGCUUCCGCUGGGAAAGCAGUUGGAGGAGUUAUUCACCAACCCUACUACAAUUAUCAAAAUCCUGGGAGUGAGCUAGGUCGGACUAUAUGGGGAAUAGUGGGAGGAGAAGUUUGUGGGAUGCCACUGGUGUCUCCUCCAGAUGGUCGUUUGAUUGUCACUACCACAAGGUCACACUCUUCUUCAACUGUUAAUGAUGCAAUUGAUGCAGUCUCCCCUGAUGAGGUUCUCAGGGUUGGAGGAGCAGGUCAUAAAGUGAUGCUCCUUUUGGAAGGAAAGGCUCACGUGUACGUCUUUGCCAGCCCCGGUUGCAAAAAAUGGGACACCUGUGCUCCCCAAGCUAUUUUAGAAGCAGCUGGAGGAACACUAACAGAUAUCAAAGGUGCUUUAAUCCCGUAUCAUUCUACUGCUCCCCACAGAAACUCGACUGGGGUGCUUGCUUCAGCACCAGGUCAGAAACAUGAGGUCUUCCUAGCCAAGAUUCCACAGCACGUUAAGGACAAUUUAAAAGCCUAAUGUUUUGACCUGAUUUAGUGCAUUGUUGUUCUUGAGGUGCAUCGUACAUCAACCAUGGUCAUUGGUGAGAUACAUUAUCAUUAAGUACUUAUUGUAAUUCACAGAGCAUAAUAAUGAUACAUUUUAAAUUUUAAUUUGUUUAUUGCCUGCAUAAACAUAUUAAAAUGGAAAAUUUAUGUGGACAAAAUAUUUUGUAAAUGCUUUAUUUGUACAUAUAGUAGUUUUUUUCAGUGCUUCUUUGGUUUAGGAACUGUUGUGUUAUUUCCAUUGAAAUAAAGUAAAGAAUAGUUAAAGAAGAAAGAUUUUGAUAAAAGGCUUUUUUGUUAAUUUUGGUGGUGGGUAAAGUGAGAUGUAUGUGGCAGAGGUGAAGUAAAGCACAGUGUGGAGGCACUUACCGUGGCCUCGUCACUUACCGUGGCCUCGUCACUUACUGUAGCCUCAUCACUUACCGUGGCCUCGUCACUUACCGUGGCCUCGUCACUUACCGUGGCCUCGUCACAUGCCUGUGGCUCGUGUUCUCUGGAUAUCUUGUCACCGUCUGCUUUCAUUUCUGCCGUGUAAGUCUUCCUGCUGUGGUGCUUUCUUUUGAUAAGUAUACGCGUGACUUAUAAUUGACUGAAUCAAAAUGUGAUUGGAUUAUUUCACUGUAAUGCACUGAAUUUUUUGUAUCUGGUAAGGGUUCAGGUAAUUAAAGUGUGCUUAGCAUAACUACAAUCAACAUUAACUACAAAUGUUAUUUCAUUUAUUUAGUGUUACUAAUUAAAAAAUAAGAAAUACUAGCAAACAAUUAUUAAAUGUUAGAAAUGCAUGUUUUUGUGUUUAUAAACUCUUAAUAUUUGUUGUCUAAAAAUUAAGAAAGGCUCUAGUCGCUUUACACUUAAAUACCGAGCUGCAUUCAGUCCCCAGUUGGUUUGGUUAAUGUAGAGUAGACUACAUUUGUGUAUUUUAACAUUCCUCUCUACCACAAUCUUUCCUAAAGACUUAGGAAUAGCUUUUGCACAAAGUUGAGCAUGAAACUGUUUUACAGGAUUUAACAAAUAAAAUAUUCCUCUCUUAGGAAGUAAUAUAGAGAUUAACAUAUACUUUAGGGUUAGAAUCCAGCCUUGUGGAAUAAUGUGAGAGUGGUACUAUAGUAUCAGGAGUAGUUACAGUACUUGGAAUUUACUGUUUCAUUAAUAUAAAUAAUUUUGUUGCCCGAAACGCUAUGCGUGCUAGUGGCUUUACAAGAAUGUAAAAUCAACUGCGUUUCUAUGUUCUCUCUUAACCCCUAAUGUACCUUCUUGUAUAUAAAUAAAUUAAUAAAGUAAGUUCAAUAGAAUGAGUGGGGUCUAGAAUAAGGUUGAUGUACUGAAUAUUUGUGAAACGCACCGGUUUGACACCACUCGUCUUGCGUGUUUUUUACACUUGUAUUGGCAUCGUGAGUGAUGUCUAGUAACUUUGUUUAUUGUUCUACAACAGUGCUAAAUAGUCUUCCAGGCUUGGCAUCUUUUCAUAAUUACUUACUUGAAAGU